AUGGGCGGCGGCGGCAAAAUCCCAUACCCCAAACACGUCUGGUCGCCUUCGGGUGGCUGGUACUCUCAACCUGCGAACUGGAAAGCCAAUACGGCAGUCAUUGGCGUGGUUAUUGUUGGCAUCACGGCUAUGGCGUGGAAGCUGAGCGCAGAGAGGGAAUUCCGGCAUAAGUUUCCUGAACAGGGCCGCUUUUACCCCAGUCGAUACUGGAGCAAGCAGAUUAUUGAGCAUGAGAAGGCUGAGAAGGCCUCGAAGGUCUCGAAGGACAGUUCAUGA